AUGUAAUACGGUAAGUCGUACUUGAUCUCUGUUUUGCACUGUAUGGUUUUGGCUUUACCUUGUGAAGUGAUACGCGAGCAGGAGGAGAGAGGGAGAAGUUUUCUAUCAGCUUGUCCAGCGUCUCCUUCUCCUUAUCAUUCUUUCUCACCAUGGAGGCUCAGCCACAUUUCUCUCGGGAGGAAAUCAAUAGCACAGUGUGGGAGGUACCGGAGAAAUACACACGGCUCAAACAGAUAGGAACAGGAGCAUAUGGUGCUGUGUGCUCGGCCAUAAAUGAGAGGACUAAAGAGAAAGUGGCCCUCAAGAAACUCCACAGACCUUUCCAGUCAGAGAUCUUUGCUAAGAGGGCCUACAGGGAGCUGCGGCUGCUCAAACACAUGAAGCACGAGAAUGUGAUAGGACUUCUUGAAGUGUUUACAGCUGCCUCUGGCCUUGAUGACUUUCAAGACUUCUACCUGGUGAUGCCUUACAUGUUUACAGACUUGUCAAAGGUUAGAGGCCAACUCUCAGAGGACAAAGUCCAGUUUCUCGUCUACCAGAUGCUCUGCGGACUCAGGUAUAUUCACAAGGCUGGCAUUAUUCACAGGGAUCUCAAGCCUGGAAACUUGGCAGUAAAUCAGGACUGUGAACUCAAGAUCCUGGACUUUGGUUUGGCACGCAGUACCGAUGCGGAGAUGACAGGCUACGUGGUGACCCGUUGGUACCGGGCACCUGAGGUCAUUCUGAACUGGAUGCACUACACUCAGACUGUGGACAUCUGGUCUGUGGGCUGCAUCAUGGCAGAAAUGAUCAAUGGGAAAACUCUUUUUAAAGGAAAAGACUACAUGGACCAGCUGACUCAGAUCAUGAAAGUGACUGGAGUGCCUGGACCAGAGUUCGUACAGAAGUUGGACAGUCCAGAGGCUAGAAGUUAUAUAAAGGGCCUUCCACGUUAUCCCCGAAAAGACUUUUCAGUGUUGUUCACCAGAGCCAGUGCAACAGGUAUCGACCUGCUGGAGAAGAUGCUGGUUCUCGAUGGAGACGAGAGGCUAACAGCAGAAUUAGCUUUGGAACAUUCUUACUUUGAUGGUCUAAGAGACCCAGAUGACUUUCCUGAGCCAGCACCAUAUGACGAUAGCCAUGACAACGCAACACUGUCCCUAGAGGAGUGGAAACGAUUAUGUUACAAAGAGGUGAAAAGCUUCGUGCCCUUCCCACGGCGAGACUCCAAGAGAAAAAACACACUGACAAUGUCUCCGUGACCUAAUGAUUUCAAUUUCCCCACUAACACAGAUUACAGCCACUCGUGCCCUUGUAUAUUCUAACCAUGGAUUCACUAUAUUCCUCCACGCCUGGACGUGUUUAGAACUUUGAAUGGGAGUGAAAUUUUAUUCGUGUUACACUAGCCUUCAACAGUGAAUUUAAUGUGCAGUUUUAUUGUCAACAAAAGUCAGAGUUUAGUGUACAAAUAACCCUGUUAUUGUUUUCAAAAUAAAUUGCAAAACUUAUAGCCAAACUUAA